AUGUCUGGCGGUCGCACCGCCGGCAGCGGCGCGGGCGCGAACGCCGCGGCAUCGGCGGCGCGCGCGGUGCGGCCUGCUCCACAGAAGGCUCCUACGCCGCACACGGGCCGGCGCGCCGCGAUCCUUGCGCCCGUGGCGCUCGGAGCCUCCCUGUCGCUCGGACGCGGCGACGCUCGCGCGCAGCAGAGCGUGCCCGAGCCCGCGACGGGCAACUGCCCGACAUGCAUCGCGGCGGACGACAAAGCAGAGUCGCUGGGGGCGUGCGGAGACUCGAAGGCGUGCGCGAGCACGUACGACGAUCGCCCGAAGUACUUUGUGGAUCCGUGGGAGUUCGACGAGGCGUCGCAGGCGGCGGCGAUGGCCAAGAUCGCCGAGGCCGUGCAGGGCGCGGGCGGCAAGAUCCGGCAGCGCAGCGACCGCUACCUGUGGGCCGAGUUCUUCGGCAACUGGGGCUGCGACGACGCCGAGUUCCUCUUCGCGGACAACGACAACACCGUGUCGGUGCGGUCGGCCUCGCGCGCCCCCGCCAAGGGCGACGGGGCGCGCAACGCGCGGCGCCUCGAGUCGCUGCGGCUCUCGCUCGGCUGGGACAAGGUCUACGUCGUGCGCAACCGCCAGCGCGCGUUCGGGAUCGUCGAGAGCCCGUGGGACACGUUCGGCCCGGAGCCGCCCCCGCUCACGGACGACCCGGGCGACAUCCAGCGCGCCCUCAGUCAGGGCAACGGAGCGUCCGACUGA